AUGAGAUUGAUCGCGUUCACGGUGUUCCUGUGUGCGCAUUUAUUUGUUCGUGCAGAUGAACACGAUCGUGUAUACAAAGAUGGCGAAGAGGUGGUCUUAUGGAUGAAUACCGUUGGUCCAUACAAUAAUCGACAAGAAACAUAUACAUAUUUUUCGCUACCGUUUUGUCGAGGUCCAAAGCAGACAAUCAGCCAUUAUCAUGAAACACUAGGCGAGGCGCUCCUAGGCGUAGAACUCGACUUCUCCGGUUUAGAUAUCCAAUUCAAAGAGAACGUUGAUAAAACAGUAUUCUGCAAAAAAACACUGAAUGCUGAAGAAUACAAAGCGUUCGUGUAUGCGGUACAGAAUAAUUAUUGGUAUCAAAUGUAUCUCGAUGAAUUACCAAUGUAUGGUAUGGUCGGCGAGGUCGAUUCAUCAACAACACCACCAACCUACAAAUUGUUCACUCAUAAAAGGCUCGAUAUUGGAUAUAACAGAAAUCAGAUAGUCGACGUGAAUAUAACGUCGGAUGUGCGAGUAGCAUUAUUGCCGAAUGCCGAGAUAUCGUUCAGUUAUGAGGUGGUCUGGAAACGUUCGGAUGUAGAUUUCGAGCAUCGUUUCGAUAAAUAUCUUGACCCGUCGUUCUUCCAGCAUAGAAUCCAUUGGUUCUCGAUAUUCAAUUCGUUUAUGAUGGUAAUAUUCUUGGUUGGCCUUGUUUGGAUGAUCCUUGUACGAACGUUGAAGAAAGAUUAUGCGAGAUAUCAAAAAGAUGAAGAACUUGACGAUAUGGAGCGUGAUCUGGGUGAUGAGUACGGUUGGAAACAAGUGCACGGUGACAUCUUCAGAGCUCCGUCGUUUCCGAUGGUGUUUUCGGCGUUGAUUGGUGCUGGUUAUCACAUAUUCACUGUGUCCGUCAUCACCGUUAUACUCGCCAUUGUCGGCGAAUUCUACACUGAACGUGGGUCGUUAUUGAGUGCCGCCAUAUUUGUGUACGCAGCCGCGUCGCCAGUUAAUGGUUUUGCGGGUGGUUCGAUGUACUCGAGAUUCGGUGGAAAACAUUGGAUCCGACAGAUGGUUUUGGGUGCAUUCUUGUUGCCGUGCUCGAUAUCUGCAGUUGCGUUCCUGAUCAACUUUAUAGCCAUUUAUUAUCACGCAUCGCGAGCGAUUCCAUUCACGAUCAUGCUUGCAGUGACGGCCAUUUGCUUUUUCGUUAUUCUGCCGUUGACGCUGGUCGGCACGGUUCUUGGUCGUAAUAUCAAGGGUCAGGGUGAUUAUCCUUGCCGAGUGAACGCUGUUCCGAGACCGAUACCGGACAAGAAGUGGUUUGUUGAGCCAUGGCUUAUCAUCAUGCUGGGUGGAGUGCUGCCGUUCGGUUCGAUAUUCAUCGAAAUGUAUUUUAUAUUCACAUCAUUUUGGGCGUAUAAAAUCUAUUACGUGUACGGUUUUAUGUUGCUUGUGCUCAUCAUAUUAGCAGUGGUAACGAUGUGUGUCACAGUUGUGUGUACGUAUUUCUUGCUGAAUGCUGAGGACUAUCGGUGGAGAUGGACUAGUUUUCUGGCAGGUGCAUCGACCGCAUUCUACGUUUACCUUUAUUCAGUUUACUACUUCAUCUUCAAAACAAAGAUGUACGGUUUGUUCCAAACGGUGUUUUAUUUCGGUUAUAUGGGUGUGUUCAGUGCAGCGUUGGGUAUUAUGUGCGGUACGGUUGGGUACGUGGGUACGGCUAAAUUUGUACACAAAAUCUAUUCGACGGUUAAGAUUGAUUGA